CCCCUUCUCCCUCCCAGAGAUUCACAAAGACAACUUGUCUUUUCCGCAGCAUCUUGUCCAAAACUGAGGAAGGAAAGCUAUUGUAUUUUUACCUUUACUCCGAACUAUCACAUCGAUAGCCUGAAUCCCCUCCUGAAUUCCAAGCCGUCCUGUUCCGGCUGCUUUCUGAUCUUUCUGAAGUGGGAAGGAAGGGAAGCAAAUUCAGAGAGAGCCGUAACUGCAGGAGGUCAAGGACAGAGUCCGUUGUCUGCCUCUCUAUCCUUUGAUCUCAUCAACCCGUAGGUAUCAAACUAAGGUGUGAAUCGUCAAGCUAUCCCAUUUCAGCUUAAAAAUAAUACGACUAAAAGGCAGCAUUUCCGCCGUCCCAUGUCUUUGUGCUCUGUCCCUUGGUAGAGAGGAGGCCCUGAAUGGUGGAAGAGAAUCAUACCUCAGCAGUGGAGUUCAUUCUCGAGGGCUUGAGCGAUCAUCCCAAGAUGAAGGCAGCCCUCUUCGUGGUGUUUCUGCUCAUCUACGUCGUCACCCUUUUGGGCAACGCGGGGAUAAUCGUCCUCAUCCGAGGUGACCCCAGGCUCCACACUUCCAUGUACUUCUUCCUCGGCAGCCUCUCCGUGGUUGACAUCUGCUUCUCCUCCGUGAUCGCCCCCAGGACUCUGGUGAACUUCCUGGCAGAGAGGAGGACCAUUUCCUUCGCUGGCUGCACAGGUCAAACUUUCUUCUACAUUGUCUUUGUGACCACUGAGUGCUUCCUGCUGGCUGUCAUGGCGUACGACCGGUACGUUGCCAUCUGCAACCCACUGCUCUACUCAACCGUUAUGACUCGCAGGCAGUGCGUGCGGCUAGUGGUGGGGUCCUACGUCGGGGGCAUCCUCAAUGCCGUCGUACAGAUGGCUUUCAUCGUCAGGCUGCCCUUCUGCAGCUCCAACGUCAUAAACCACUUCUUCUGCGACGUUCCUCCCCUCCUGGCCCUGUCCUGUGCCAGCACCUACGUCAACGAGAUGAUCCUCUUCUCCUUAGCUGGCGUCAUUGAACUCGGCACCAUCGCCGCCAUCCUGGUCUCCUACGUCUUCAUCUCCUGUGCCAUCUUGAGGAUGCGUUCAGCUGGAGGCAGGCAAAAAGCCCUCUCCACCUGCGCCUCUCACCUGACAGCCGUCACCCUGUUGUACGGAACAACGAUAUUCAUGUAUUUGCGCCCCAGCUCUAGUUAUUCCCUCGGCACGGACAAGGUGGUCUCUGUCUUCUACACGGUGGUGAUUCCAAUGCUGAACCCGCUCAUCUACAGCCUGAGGAACCAGGAGGUGAAGGGCGCGCUGAGCAGAAUGGCAGAAAGGAUUACGGUUAGGGUCUGAGCAGGGCGGAUGGCUCGGGAGCUGAAGAAGACCCUGAAAACCACAAAUGCGCUGAGCAUCGUAGGCCGGGUCUCAGGCCACCCAGCUACGGGGAUUUACCUCGGGCUGUGGAGGCUCUGACCACGGAGAUG